CGCAACUUGAUCUUGCAAGGGAGCUGCCAGAUGAAUAUCCUUCAUUGCUUUCUCCAUCUCUUAGCGUCUACCCAGAAUUAUCCAUCUUCGAAGACGAUAUCUCCUAUCAAGAAGAGGAAGGGCAUCUUGACGGUGAGAUCCAAGUAGAAUACGAAGACAGUGACGACCAUGACGACCCUGACCGACGACACGCUCCAUGAUGCGAGACACCUGCUGGAGACAAUCAAGGAAGAACCUGAAGAAAAUGAUACCGGGGACGAGACCCUGUGCCUUCCUGAGCAACACUCGGAGGAAGAGGACAAUGGUUCAUUCACUCAGCUGGUUGACCAUGCCGACGAAGUGGAAGUGGGGCAAGGCUCUGUACUUCCUCGGGAUUCCAGCCCUCCACCUCAGUCCCCAGCUGGAAGUUUCAUGUCGCUUUCUGGAAGUGUUUCAUCUAUAUCUCGAGUUAGGAUUCGUUCUCGCCCCGCCAGUCUACGCUUCCACACGCGGCUACACUCACCCUGCGAGAGCAAGAGUUGCUGUUGGAAGCGCGAGAUAAGGAAAUCUUCUCCCUCAAGCUUGAAAAUCACUUUCUCAGGAGAGAUUAGCCCAGAAGAACCCAGAAGCCGUAGAGGCUGUCGUAAAAAGCAGUAUCGCGGUGAAAAUUGCGAAUCAAUCUCUAUCCAUGGAGGUUAAGAAAUACAGAAAGCAAUUGAAAGCGCUCGAGAGGGACCUUCAAGAGCAUCAAGAAGAGUCGGAGAGGAAUGAGAACGCUUUGCUCGAACGGCUUCGUGGGCAAGAAUUUCUUGUGGAGGAAGAAAAGCGAAGGCGGGAGAAGGUGGGUUCGGGCAG